GAUUGAUUAAUGGACGGUCGUCAGUAGGUCGGUCGAUUCGCUGUUCGUUUAAAAAACGCGAGUGAAUUCUUUAAUAAUAUAAAUGAUCUCCAAAUAUAUGAGAACAGCUUUGAAUUAGGAAAUAAUUGUAGUGUCUGUUAAUGUUGCGCACUUGUAAUCGGAACGCGUUGUAGGCAGGUAGGCGUUAAUCGUCGCAAUGAGAGUUUGGCUAUUUUUUUUAAUAUUAUGUGUGUGCACCGGGCUUAUUGUUGGUGAUAAAGAAAAAAUAGAAGAUGAUGCGAACAGGAAGAGAAUACUUGAGCAGUUGACACGGACUCGCACGGUGUUACUGGAUGAUUAUCAUUUGGUCACUAGGCAGAUCGCCACCGAUGUAUAUAUGUUUAGAAGUUACCGCACAGUUUCUGUAGUAUUCUACCCUAUAAUGAGGGAUGUCACGGAUGCUCGCUUCACCUUCCAAUCUGAGGAGCUUCACUUGAAUAACAUUGGCUCAUGCAGCCCACAAGAGGUGAUCAUAAACAUAAAACAUGGAUCUUACCCGGCCGUGAACCCUGAUGGGUACGACUUCCCCAAGGAUUUCCUGGACCCGGCUACCAGGGAGCCACUCUAUACCCUGGAAGUACAGUCUGAUGGCAAGAACAGGACGUACUCGAUAGAGAACCCCAAGCCGGGAAACUGGUACGCACUGAUUUAUAUAAAGUGGGAAGAUCCAAGGACGCAGAAAGUUGAGCAAGAAGGUCUCGUCGCCGACUGCCAAACGAUACUCUACACAGAUUUACAAGUGAAACGCGAUGAAAAUAUCGAACUAAUAGAUUGCUAUAAUGGCAUAACCGAGAUAAAUUAUCAUGAUCUCCCUGGACUGUUCAAGUGCAUGUCUACAGAUAGAGUAGACCCAAUCGCGUUGAAUGUUACCAUAGUCAACACUUCUGCAGGGGAUAGUGAACUGUUCUUCAGGGUACAGGCCCUCUCUAUUCCUACAGAAGACAGCAAUGUUAUAUACUGCGCUUUCGACCCUCGAGCGAACAACUACCAAACCAUCACGUUCAUCCCUCACCCAAACGCCUGGCACUACAUACAUAUAGGCCCAAUCGAAGGCAAUGUGUCCAGAAUAGCAGACUGCGAAUCCUAUUUCAUGAGAACAGACAUCGAUGAGCUGGUAAAUCACACAGUUAUCGACCUUAUGCGCGAUGACAAAGGUCGCUUUUUCACUUUCGACUACGGCCUACCCACGACCGACAUUCAAGACGCGACGAGUCUAAUAAAUAUAACUUCAUCAGAAAUUAAGUCUCUGAGGUUUAAAAUCAACCAGUUCUUAGAUAUUGGAGGGAGUUUGUCAAUAGCGGCCAGUCUUCUUAUGAGCUUAAAAUACUAUAUGGGAUAUAAAAGGGCGUUUGAUAAAGAGACGUUGCUGGCCUUCACUGAAGAUAAUCAAUUUUUCAAAGCUGUGAUAUGCAUGGAUAUUGGUCACCCCAGCAUACCGUUGGAGAGUGGUCAUUGUCGGUACAACGAUAAGGUGAAGCCGGCGUUGUUCGUGCUGAACAGUACCGACUCAGAAUCGAUAUACGACAAGACGUAUAUCCCGUUCCCUGACAGUGGUACUUGGUACUUAACGUUUAGGAUAUUUUGUGACCAGAGUGUGUGUCCCUGCCGGACUUCGGAUAACGGGACGAAGUAUUACGUGGACACUUCUAGUGAUAGAGACUUUGAUGAUUCUGUGGUUGCCUCGAAUGGGACUCGGUUGGGGACUUCUGAGUGUAACGCGACGGUAGUGUUGACCGUGUCGUCGAUGUCGUGUGUAUCUGGAAAGUGCAGCAACCAUGGCAACUGUUUGCUGAACACUUUCGGAGCGCUGGUGAUGUCGUUUUGUUCCUGCGCUUCUGGUUACGGAGGUUGGGACUGUUCCGAUAGCUCCAGAAUGGACAGCAAGGUCUACAUGUUAGUCUCCGUUCUCCUUCUCACUCUGAGCAACAUUCUCUUCAUCUUCUCCAUCUACGUGGCAGUCAUCCGGUUGUACUACACCGAGGCCAUGAUGUAUGCCUUCACCAUGAUCUUCUCCACUUUCUACCACGCCUGCGACGCCCCGUCCCAAGUCGCCUACUGCAUCAUGAGAGGUAACAUCCUCCAAUUCGGAGACUUUUACUGCGGUCUCAUGUCUUUCUGGGUAACAUUGCUCGCUAUGAGCAUUCUUAAUGAAAAAUUAAGAUCCUCAUUACAACUUAUAGGUGCUAUAAUAAUAGCUUUAUUAACUACUUGGAAUAUGCAUUCUUUUGUCUCAUUUCUACUGCCAGUAGCCGUUGGCAUAUCAGUAGUCUUCAGUUCCUGGUAUCUUGAUUAUAGGAAAAAUCGUGUCAUGAAGUAUCCUAGGUCGUAUUAUUUUAAGCACAUGCCUUUAGGUAUCGUGUUAGUUAGUGUAGGUUUGAUUUGUUACGCUUUCCUGCAGACGGAGCAGAAUUAUAAGAUAGUACAUUCAGUGUGGCAUAUGAUUAUUGCUUUGAGUGUUGGGUUUUUGUUACCUGAUAUUAAGAGGGCUGGUGAUGUGAAUCCCUUCUUUCCAACACAUGGUUAUUAUAAGUUGUCGUUCUGUAGGAUGUUUCGGAGACCUCAAGCGCCAAUAGCGGCUGAUUAACACUUUAAAAACCAAUGGCGAUCUAGGCGUAUUUUUGAAACACAGUUUAUAAAAAUAUACAAAUAAAGUUGGUCGUACGGCCAACAUUUGUGCUGUAAGUACAGGUAGCAAAAUAGUUUACGAUUAUCUCCGAUUUGUUUUAUCCUAAGAAUAAAUAUAACGAACAAAUAUAGAGGUGCAAAUAUUUAACUUAGUUUAGUUUUUAAGUACAAGUUUAAAGCCUAGUAUUUUUUCGACUAGUCAUCAUCAAAGUACAGGUUUGGUUUUAUACAGGUGUCGCGGCAAUGCUAAACUUUCUGAGACGUAUUUUUAUAGUGAAUUAGGUAAAUUAAUGUUUGACGAAAGUCUCACUGAGGCUUGAGAAUCGAGCAUCGCGUAGGAAUUUAAAUGAGAAAUUAAGUCUUGACUGAACUUUUGUUUAUUGGCAAAUUGUAGGCAGAAUUUCAUGUUUUGUGUUCUUGUUAGUUUUCUCAACUGUCUUGCAAUGUUGGACUGCCAACAUUUGCUAUAUUUAGUUGAUGGUCCAAAGUAUAGAUGCCCCAAUAUGGAUACCAAAUAAGUACCAAUCAUACUGAUAUUCUAUAAGUCACUAAGCUUACAGAUCUUUUUCACAAGUCUUCUUCACCAGAAAUUGGAUUACUAGAUUUUCUUUUAUCGUCUCAAAUAUUCGCGAUGUUUGGCCAAUGUAAAAUAGACCUUACAUCUUUCAAAAUAGAGUCUAUUUUAUGUUAGUGAAGUUUCGUAAAUGUUACAAGUGCCAGUAUGAGAUUAAUGGUUCAACUCUUGACCUCAAAGGUUACUCAUUUUAUAUGUUUACAAAAAAAAAUUAGGGAAUAAUAAUUGUAUAUACAUAGUUUGUUGGUUAUACGUACCUUCAUCUAAGGGCAUAUUAUGCUCACGAUAAGAAAAA